GAUUCCUUUGCAGCUGCUGCUCCUCGGUAUGAUGAUGAUGAUAAGAUUAUUAAUGGCUAUGAGUGUGCCCACCAUUCCCAGCCUUGGCAGGUUUAUUUCACCUAUAAUGGACAACGUUGGUGUGGUGGCUCCCUGAUCACAGCAAGUUGGAUCAUAUCUGCAGCUCAUUGCUAUAAGCAGUACCUUAUUGCUCACCUUGGGGAACACGACACUACUAAACAUGAAGGAACAGAGCAGCAUAUCCAGGUGGAAAAGGCUUAUCAGUACUUCUACUAUAACCAGUAUUACAUAGAUCAUGAUUUCAUGAUGGUCAAACUAGCUGAGCCUGCCCAGUUCAAUCAGUACGUCCAACCCAUCUCAAUAGGCACGUCCUGUCCGACUGAAGGAAGUCAAUGUCUGGUGUCAGGGUGGGGAAACCUGAAGACCUCUGGAGUGCAGUAUCCUGAAGUUUUACAGUGUCUCGAUCUUCCUGUUUUGUCGGACGCCAGCUGUAAAGCUUCUUAUCCAAAUCAGAUCACUAAAAAUAUGUUCUGUGCUGGGUACCUAGAAGGUGGCAAAGACUCAUGCCAGGGGGAUUCUGGUGGACCGCUGGUUUGCAAUGGAGAGCUGUAUGGAGUGGUCUCCUGGGGUCAAGGAUGUGCGCAAAGUGGAUAUCCUGGUGUCUACACCAAAGUCUGCAUCUAUUUUGACUGGAUUAAGAACGUUAUUGAGAAUUAUUGA